CAGCGCACUGCACCACCUGCCUGAUUUGUCAAGUCGGCUUAUGUCGCUGCGUUUAUAUCCGUGAUGUCAAUGUCCUGACUCAUCUUCAUUUUCACCCUUUUUUACCUCUCACCACCACCCUCUCUCUUUACCAACAACAACAACAAGAACAAGAAGCCAACUCACCUCUCUCACUCGCUCACCCACCCACCCACCCCGCAAACACACUCCACGCACUCUCACCCACCAUGGCCCAACAACCCCCGCCCCCGCCCACCAUCUCGACCCACGACCUCACCUACACCUUCCAGGACCACUCCACCGGCAUCUCCCACAUCUCCCUCGCCCUGCCCGCCCGCUCCCGCACCCUGCUCAUCGGCGCCAACGGCGCCGGCAAGACUACCUUACUGCGCCUGCUCGCCGGCAAGCGCCUCGCGCCCUCGGGCGCCAUCCAAGUCGGCGGGGUCGACCCCUUCAAGGAGACGGUCGAGGGGGUGACCUAUCUGGGGCUGGAGUGGGUUCUAAAUGCGAUCGUGCGGACGGAUAUCGGGGUGGGGGAGCUGUUGCGGAGUGUGGGCGGGGAUGUGUAUGCCGAGAGGAGGGAUGAGUUGCUGGCGGUGCUGGAUAUUGAUACGAAGUGGAGGAUGCAUGCGGUUUCGGAUGGGGAGCGGAGAAGGGUGCAGCUGGCGAUGGGGCUGAUCAGGCCGUGGAGGGUGUUGUUGCUGGAUGAGAUUACGGUGGAUUUGGAUGUGUGGAGCCGGGCGCAGUUUUUGGGGUUUUUGAGGCGGGAGACGGAGGCGAGGGAGUGUACGGUCGUGUAUGCGACGCAUAUACUGGAUAAUUUGGCCGGGUGGCCGACGCAUCUGGUGCAUAUGCAUCUUGGGGCGGUCAAGGCGUGGGGGCCGGCGGAGGAGAUGUUGAAGGAGGUGGAGAAGAAGGAUCCGGAGGAGGGAGAUGGGAUUGUGGGCAUGGCGGGGAACAGUAAGUUGGGGGAGCUGGUGUUGAGGUGGCUGAGGGAUGAUUUGCGCGAGAGGGGCCCGAGGAGCCAGCAUAAACGGGGACCGGAGGGCUGGACGUACAGCGUGACGGGGCUGGGUGGGUAUGGGUUUGAGCCGAAGGGGGGGAAGUAGUAGCAGGCACGAGGAUGCACUCUUGACGGUUGGCUUGGCGAUGCUUGAUGGGGAUGUGAGGAUGGUUUAACAUGAUACCCGGGCGGCAUUUAACAUGGGUUUACGGCACGGCAUGGAGUUCAAAAACGCAUCUUGCGGUACGGUACAUCAACUGGUAGACAGUCAAUAUCAACAUGAUUGUCCAUUGAUCGAC